GGCAAACAAGCAAAAAAUAAAACUAACGGCCCGAUACCAAAAGCCCUAGAUUGGGUAUGUAGUCCUAUAUAAGACAUAUAUGGUCACAACGUCUCUCACAGACCCUCUGCGUCUUAAAGUGGCAGAGAAAACAAAUUUGUUCAAUAUUGUUCUUAGCUUAAGGUGAAUGGUAAUGGGGUUUUCUUUGAUAAAAUUGAUGGGAAGCCAGUUCAUGCCAAGUAGCCAUAACACGAUUGCAGCAAGUAGAAUUUUCAAUUCGAAGAUUGUUCCUUCUGUGGGGUUGGCUGGAGUAAUUGGAGUGCAACAUAUGAUUCAUACAUGUACAAGGAGAUUUUACCACGCAAAUUUUUCUCAGAAAUUCCUAAACAGUGCAGCUACAACUCCUUCACUUAAUUUGUGGGCACAAAGAUGUCUGAGAUUUUGUAAAAGAAACAAGGGUAGUUUGCUGUUUGGUGCUUUUGCUGCUUGUGUUACUCUUUCUUAUGUGAGAAUACAAAGAGUACCAUACACAAAACAAAUUCAACUUGUUACCAAAGAAACAACGGAGGAAAGGAGGGCAGAGGAUCGCUGGAAGACGUUUAUGGAGAGAUACAAAGAAGAUUUACUCCCUUUAUCAGACCCUAGGAGUAUUAGGGCACAAUCUGUAGCUACAAAUUUGAUUAGAGCAAUGAAGGUGGGGUUAAGGCUUGAAAAGGAGUGCAAGGUCAAUGGGCAUUCAUGUGAGGAUGGAGAUUUUAGAGAGUAUAGGGUACGUUGCGAGUGGGAAAGAGAUAAUGGAGAUCACAUUAACAACUUUAAAUAUGAAGGAGGGAAUCUUCUUUCUGAUCGUAAACUCUUAUGGAAAUCUAGUACUAAACAUUUGGAUGGAAAAGAUUGGGAAGUUUAUGUGUUGGAUUGCCCUGAUGAAGAAGAUGCUUUACACUUCUGCCACUUCUCCCACUUUAAUAAAAGGAUUGUUAUUCCUAGGGGGUUACUCGACAGUCUAAAGUUCGAUGCAGAGUUAGCAUUAUUUAUUGGGCAUGAGAUUGGGCAUAUUGUGGGUCGACAUAUAGCAAGAAUUUAUAUAAGGUUUUGCUGGAAUAUCUAUCUUCUCACUCGUAUAUUCCAAGAGAAGUCUGGAUUUGAAGAGUUGUUUUGGGCUUAUACACGCAGAUGGAAUGAAAGGGAGGCAAAUCAUAUUGGAUUAAUGUUGAUGGCAUCUGCUGGAUAUGACCCUCAAACAGCAAUUGGCGUAUUAGAGAAGUCGGGCCAAACUUUCAAUAAGAAUCAACUAAAAGAGGAAAUGGGAGAAAUGUUUGCAGUGUUCAAGAAAGUAAAAGAUUACAUGAAUUUGAGAAGCGUGAUUUAUAGGAGCAUGCUUGAUUAAUGGAAAUUUAAUGCUUGGUUGGUUUUUUUGUUUUGUUUUUCUUUUUAAUUAAAAAAAAAAAAAAACUAAUUACAUGGAGAGAUGCAUGAAUUCUUCAUGGUAUAAUUCAUUUUGGAAUUAUAAGUACAAGUAGAGAGAUAUUACUUUUGAUUAUAUUAUUCAAUUUUUCUAAGGGUCUAUCAUUUUGCUGAAUUCUUAAUUUUAGUGUGAUGUACUAGUGUUUCUAUGAGCCAUUAAAUGCUGAAAUAGAAUCAAUUGCUCAUUUUCUGGGGCCA